UUUAAUACCGAAUAAUUAGAAGGUAUGAAUUUUUCAUUAAAAUAACUGGAAUGUGCUAGAUUUUAGGUCUCUCUUCAGAAUUGAUGAUUUGUUGAAGUUAACAAAUGCUUAUGUUAAAUUGAAGCUGAACAAGCAAAGGUUCCUUAAUGUAGUACCAACUCAUUUACAAGGGUGUUGUUCGUAUCAUAGUUUGAACCUUGGUUUGAGGAUGGGUGGGGCAAAAGCCAAGUCUGGUGCCAUGGACAAGGAGAAGAAAAAGAAAGGUACUCUCAUAUGGAGACCGGUUUGUACUCAAGAUAGUUCCCUCAAAGAUUGGUUUUGGCAGUCGGAUCUUUGUUGGUGCGAGUCAUAUUUUAUGUUGCCUGUAAAGUCUUUUAUGAUAAUUUUACAGAGCCUGUGAUAAAGGAUGCGACUGUCGGGUUAGAAAGUGAUUGUCAAAUGCAAAAAUCAAAUGACAAGGUAAUUGAAGUUACAAAUGCCAUUGUCAAUUCUAAAGCCUUGGAGGAUGAUAUUGAAGAUGAAGCAAUGAAAGAAAAGCCGGAGCUUUCAGCUAUAAAGCAUUCACUUUCCAUUCAAAAUAAGGGUGGGUCAACUCUUUCGGGAGAAGUCUUCGAAGUGUCGUCUGUCGGGCAGUCAACCGGACCCCCAAUAACUGAAGGUAUUGUCCCCGUGUUGGAGUUUUGUCCCCAGUCUCCACAAAGAACUGUGUCCGGUUCACAGAAGGGAAUGCCUCAAUUGGUGGUACCUACAAAACUCGGGAGAAGUGUACCACCAACCGAAACGUCCACCUCCAUGAACCAUACACGGCUCUCUGCAAAGGUUGGAGACAAAAACCCGACACAAGAACAACAUCUUCAGUUGUUAGAGAUCCAGUCGACUGCUCAGGAGACGACACUUUCAAAACUUCUCCCAAAAAAGUCGACCCACCCUCAACACAGCUUUCUGUUUUCUUGCUGCAGUGCUUGGUUUAACUUUCUCUCAUGCAUGAUGCUGAUAUCUACUGUUUUUUUGUGCUUAAUAUGCAGGGGAUCUACAAAGGAAAAGAUUGAAAAGGAGACGGGGGUUCAGAUAAUCCUUCCAUCAUCUAAGCAGAAUGAUUCCAUUAUCAUUGAAGGCACUUCAGCUGAUAGUGUAGCUAAAGCUUCAGAAGAGAUACAACGUGUAAUUGAUGAGGCUGUUAAAACUACAAGUUUUGACUACUCUCACUUCGUAUCACUUCCAUUGGCUAUACAUCCGGAGUUGGUUAGCAAGCUCGUAGGCUUUCAGAACUCCAUAUUGGGAAGUAGUGAUGCUUGCAUAGAUGAAAAUCCAGACGGCAACUCAGAUGGAGAUAAUUCUGAAGAUAGUGCUCAAGAGCAGCAGUUAGGUAACAUUUCAGUUGAGCUAGAAGUUGCGGACGAUGAGGAAAGUGUUAAGGUGGAUGUAAGUGUCAGACCUCUUGAUAGUAAUGCACCUAAAGAAAAUGAAGAACCAAAGUCUUCUAAUAAAUCAGACUUGAAAAUUGGAAAGUCCGUAUUUAUUAAACCUCAAACAUUUCACUUGACGGUGCUCAUGUUGAAGCUGUGGAACCAAAAAAGAGUUGAUUUAGCAGCUCAAGUGUUGAAGAGUACCUCCUCAAGAGUGUUGGAUGCAUUGGAUAAUCGACCUGUAUUUGUAAGACUGAAGGGUCUGGAUUUAAUGAGAGGCUCUUUGGCUAAAGCCCAAGUCGUCUAUGCUCCUGCAGAAGAAAUUGAUAGUGAAAAUCGACUUUUACAUGCCUGCAAAAUUAUGAUUGAUGCUUUUGUUGAGGCUGGGCUUGUUAUUGAUAAAGAUGCUAAGAGUGAGUUAAAGUUGCAUGCCACCGUGAUGAAUGCAAGGCACAGGAAAAGGGGAAAGAAGGGACGGUUCAGUUCAUUCAACGCACGAGCCAUUUUCGAGCAUUUUGGAUCUGAGGAAUGGGGUGAGUAUCUAAUCCGUGAAGCUCAUCUUUCACAAAGGUUCAAGUAUGAUGAGAAUGGUUAUUAUCAUUGUUGUGCUUCAAUACCUUUUCCUGAAAACAUUUCAAGUUAACUCACUGAUUCCCAAUUAUCAAUAAUUAUAUUGUAAUGCAGUGUUAUUGUAGUAAUAAUUUUUUUGGUCCGUACAGUUCUCAAGUUCAAA